AUGCGUGUGGCUGUUAUUGGGGGAGGCCCUUCAGGCCUAGUGACUCUUAAAUAUCUUCUGGCUGCGCAUGCAUCUUUACGUAUAGAUUGUAUUGAAGCUAGAUUGUUUGAGAGUGACUCAAAUAUCGGCGGAACGUUCUUCUCCCGGACGUACGAAGAUGCAGAGCUAGUCUCUUCGAAGCAGCUCACGACCUUCUCUGACUUUCGUCCAAGGGACGAUGAUCCGGACUUUCUUAGCGCCGAGCGUUACCUAGAGUACUUGCACGACUAUUGCACCUACUUUGACCUAUGGCCACACAUCCACCUGUCCACUAAGGUUCUGUCGGUCACUCGACGUGAGGGAGGCGGCCAUAUUCUGACGUAUCUCAUCAAGGACAGACAGGAAGAGGGCAGGUGGGAAUGUGAUGCUAUUGCAGUCUGCUCUGGUCUACAUGUGGUGCCAAACAUCCCCCAAGUCAGAGGUAUCGAGAAAAUCCCGCGAGUAAUGCAUUCUUCAGAGUUCAAGAGGAGACGGGACUUCACCAUUGACAAGACCGUUCUGCUGCUUGGAAGUGGUGAGACCGGUGCAGACAUCAGUUAUCUAGCCGUAACAUCACCGACCAAAAGAGUGGUGACUUGUCAUAGAGACGGUUUCCACUUUGCACCGAAGCGGAAUCUAGAUCCAGUAAUACUUCCAAUUCUUGGUAAUAAGCAAAAAGCUCGUCUUACAGUGCCGCUGGAUUGUAGUCGGGCUAGCCUUUUUGACACAGCUUAUGUUCAUCCUUUCUUACGGAACCACAGCGCCUUGUGGGUGUUCUAUGAUAUAUAUGUCAAGUGCGCACUCUGGAUAACAACAGGAUCUGCAAAAGGUUUGGAUCAGUGGGUUGGAGGAAUUUCUCCGCAACGCGAUCACGUUUCAAAGAUCUUCUUUAACAAGUCCAAUAAAGCUUGUCCAUAUAUUAGUGCGCCUUAUCGUACAGAAGGAAUGUCGUCAAUAAUUCAACGGAUUCGAUCAUCGAUUGUCCAGGCCCCUAUUCCAGACACCUCUGGCCGACAGAUUGAUCUCGCCCCAUGGCCAGAGCGCAUUGAUAACAAUGGGGUGAUCCAAUUUCAAGACAAUGGCCGCCCAGAAUAUAGACGUAUGAAGGAUGAAAAAAUCAAGCCAGAUAUUGCCAUUUUUUGCACGGGCUAUACACAAGAAUUUCCAUUUCUGGGGGGCCCAAAGAGCCGGUCAAGCCGUUCAUACCCAACUCCAGCUGAUGCGAAUGUCCGAAGCAUCUGGAAGUGUGACGAUCCCACCAUAGGAUUCAUAGGAUUUGUCAGACCUUCCUUAGGAGCAAUCCCACCUAUCUCAGAGAUGCAAGCUCAGCUUUGGGUUCUCAACCUAGCGCUACGUAUCCCAAGGCCGCUUCUGCCUGAGGACGAGCCGCACUAUAAACUACACCCACCAGAGAGCUCUAGAAUCCAUUACGGCGUGGAUCAUGAAAGUUAUAUAUACCAACUUGCGUUAGACAUGGAUUCGGCUCCAGGUGCCCUGGAGAUUGUCCAGAUAGGGUGGACACAUGCAUCUAAGGAUUGGUGGAAACUGCCUCUGUAUGCCCUCGAUUUAACGCAGUCCGUGAACAGCUUUAGCCUCAAGGCUGCGGUGCUGAUUGGCACCGUCUGUGAGGUAACGGACCAUGAGAAAAAGUGGUCGGCGCUAGAGAAUAUUGGUGAUGUUCUCCCUCUUCAAUGGGAGAACGCUCGCCGGGUUCGCGACUACGAGUAUAAAAUGAUGAGAGCCCUCCGCGUUGCUAUCGAUCUGGACAAAUCUCAUAUGCACGCAUCUGGGCCGUCUUGGAACCGAAUGAGAGGAUGA